UCAUCAUCCUGCGCCACUUCUCACUCUGGCAAGGGGACAGAUCGAGUGAUGUGCAGCUGCAUGUGAGCGUUCCUGUCACUUUGGUGUGAGUUUAAAGUGAAACCACUCGCAGUGGAAACAUGUCUUUGGCUUUAUCGCGCUGUCUCUGCAGGGUUUUGUCCCGACAGGGCACCGCGUCAAGCGUCCUGUCUGGAGAACAUCCCCAUGUUGUCUCCGUGAGUCCUUGGUUUGCCCCGGUGAUGACACUGAAAACAUCUGCCCCGCUGAGGGCGGAGCCCAAAAGGAAGAAGAAAGCUGACCCAAAAAGGGAGCAGUUAGUGAGAGAGCGGCUGAAAAAAAAGCUGAAGAAGAUGGAGAAGGUUCCUCCUGAAUAUAUCCCAGUGGAUGAUUUCAUCACUCCAGCCAAAUGCAUGGAUAAAACAAGGGAGCGAUCUACACCAAGGCUAUCGUUUGAAGAACGUGAGCGUCGAGCCCUGCUGCUGAAGGAGUGGAGUCAAUACAAACAGGAGCAGCACAUGGCUGAAAUGCAGGUUGUUGAGCUCGCUCUGGAGGCACAGAGGGAAGCGCUGGAGGAGCUGAAGUUGGAAUCUGCAGAGCUGCACCAGGCAGCGCUGAAACCAGACCCGCUUCUGUUUCCCUUCAGUCAUGAGGGUCCUGUCAACACGCCGCCAAAGACAAAGUAUGAAGCUCCUGACGGGAAAUACAACGACAUCACUAAAGUUUACACACAGUGAUGGAUGGGGAACAGCUGUGGGUAUUGUUGUUUAUUAAGUGUGUCCCCUUGUAUGUACAUGAUUCAAUAAGCCAAGAUGCAAAUUUCUUAACAGUCUUCAAAUGUAGGGGUGAAAGCCCAUUUGCAUUUCUUUCUUCUUGCAUCGCCAAGAGAAUGAGGCGUACAGUCACCUCCGUUCUCUCAUUUCUGUAUAAAAUGCAACAACAUUAAUGGAACUUUCCACUUUCAGACCUCUGUAUGAACCGUAUAAAUGAAAAUAAAACAGUUUUUUUUAUUGA